CCGCCCAAAUCGAUCUCUAUCCCGGCCCCUCUCUCCGUCGCAACCCUAACGGUCGACCGAUUCAGCUCCGGAUGAGCCAGAUUCCGCCGGCGAAAGCUCAGAUUUUCACUUCCAGUCGCUAAUUCAGACCAUUGUCCCGCCAUCCUCCACGUCAAUCGGCGGGAGCCAAUGGAAUCGAGCCAAUAAAACGCUUAAGAGAAGAGGGAUCAGUUUCUUUCCACAAGCAGCGUUCGUCUCAGUUCUUUUUUCCCCUCUUUCAGACGACAGGCCCAAUGAUGGCUUCUCGGAACCAGAACAGGGCUCCUCGGAGUCCUUCUUCAAAACGGGGUGAUGGUGAUGGGGUUCCGUUGGACAAGCGUCGGAGGGUCGGAGCUGGCGUGGGGAAGACCGCAGGCAGCGAACGUAAGCCGUUUGGUUCAGUUAACAAGAAGCUGGAAGCGGCAGCUAGCUCGGCUGAUGCAAGCAGCAAGGAUGCUUCGGAGAGUAGUUGCAUUGAGUUCACGAAGGAGGAAGUUGAGGCAUUAGUAAACGAGAAGGCCAAGAUGAAGAGAUUCGAUCUCAAGGGAAAUUUGGAAGCAACAACUGAGUUGAACAGCAGGCUCAAGCUUUGUCUAAAAUGGUGUCAGAAAAGAGAGGAAGGGCACGUGGAGGAAGAGAGCAAGCUCCGAAAUGAUUUGGAAUCUUACCAGAAAAGAUGUGAGGAUACCGAGGUCGAAAUGCGACGAGUUGAAGAGGUGUCUAGAACAACUAUAGUAGAGCUGACUAAAGAGAAUGCAUCCUUGAAGGAGAAGCUUUCCAAGGAAGAAUCAGAGAAGCUGGCUGCCGUUGAGAGUUAUAGGAAGGAACACGAGGCAAGAAUCGCAUUAGAGACUGAGAAGGCUUCUCUCUCGAAGGAACUUGAGGAAGCUAAUAAGAAGGCUUCCUUGGAUGCGGACACGAAUAACAACUUGAAGGCGUACAAUGAGAGCCUACAACAGUACAAUGCCAAAUUGCACAGUGACCUUGACGCAACACGAAAUUUGUUGCAACGAGUAGAGCAAGAGAAGGUAGCAGUAGUUGAGAACCUAAGUACGGUAAGGGGUCAUAAACAAUCGUUGCAGGAACAGCUGGCUAUUUCAAGAGCUUCCCAAGAUGAGGCAGUAAAUAUGAAACAUUCAUUAGCCACUGAAGUAAAAUGCCUUCGUGGGGAUCUUCAACAAGUGAGAGAUGAUCGUGAUCGGCAGUUGGCUCAAGUUCAAGACUUGAAUGCUGAACUAUUGAAAUAUCAAGAAAACACAGGCAAAUCCCAGGCUGAACUGGAUGUGCUCAUUUCAAAAGCACAGUUGUUAGAGGAAACUUGUUCUUCCCACCGCAAGCAGAUAAGUUUAUUGGAGCAGAAAUUGACUGCGGCAAAUGAAAAGUCAAAGACUUUGGACAUGACUGCUGCUGAGGCACGCACGGGAUUUGAGGAACAAAGAAGAAUAGUAAGUGAAUUGCAGGAGCGACUUGCUGAUGCAGAACAGCAACUCCUUGAAGGAGAGAAGUUGAGGAAAAAGUUGCAUAACACUAUUUUGGAACUUAAGGGGAAUAUCAGAGUUUUCUGUAGAGUUCGUCCUUCGUUACCAGAUGAUGCUCGGGCUGACACACAAGUUGUUACUUAUCCUAGUUCUUUAGAAUCCCUUGGUCGUGGGAUUGAUGUAAUGCAAAAUGGUCAAAAGUAUCCUUUCACGUUCGAUAAGGUGUUCAGCCAUGAUGCUUCACAACAGGAUGUAUUUGUGGAAAUUUCGCAGUUGGUUCAAAGCGCCCUUGAUGGCUAUAAGGUCUGCAUAUUCGCCUAUGGACAAACAGGCUCUGGGAAAACCUACACCAUGAUGGGGAGGCCUGAAGCACCCGAGCUGAAGGGCCUAAUCCCGCGCUCCCUCGAGCAGAUAUUUCAAGCUAGUCAAGUACUUAUGUCCCAGGGCUGGAAGUACAAAAUGCAGGCCUCAAUGUUGGAGAUAUACAAUGAAACAAUUAGGGACUUGCUAUCACCUAACCGUUCCUCCAGCGGCGAAAGCAGUAAUGCACCUGGAAAGCAAUACAACAUUAAACAUGAUGCCAAUGGAAAUACACAUGUGACAGACCUUACUGUCGUUGAUGUGAGCAGCAUAGCCGAGAUUUCCUCCCUCCUUCGACAGGCUGCUCAAAGCAGGUCUGUUGGGAAAACCCAAAUGAACGAGCAGUCUUCAAGAAGCCACUUCGUUUUUACUCUGCGAAUUUAUGGGGUGAACGAGGGCACUGAGCAGCAGUUGCAAGGCGUCCUCAACCUCAUCGAUUUGGCGGGAAGCGAACGACUUUCCAGAAGUGGAGCAACGGGCGAUAGGUUGAAGGAAACCCAGGCCAUAAACAAAAGUCUGUCAUGCUUAGCUGAUGUAAUCUUCGCCCUGGGCAAGAAAGAAGACCACGUUCCCUUCAGGAACUCCAAGCUGACGUAUCUUCUUCAGCCUUGUUUAGGCGGGGACUCGAAAACGCUAAUGUUCGUCAACGUGUCUCCCGACCCUUCCUCCGUCGGAGAAUCAUUAUGCUCGCUGAAGUUCGCCGCCAGGGUGAACGCUUGCGAGAUCGGGGUUCCCAGGCGCCAGAUGAAUUUGAGACCCGCCAUUGCUGCCGUCGAUUCCCGUUUGAGCUACGGCUAAGAAACACACCUCAAGCUAGCUUCUAGCUAGCCUGUUUACUUUCUCUCCCUGUUAACCCGACUAGUUAUUUGUCACUCAUGAUCUUUCAAAGGAGCCAAUAAUAAGCUUUGGUGUGCUAUGUUUGUCUGUAGAUUUCUUUAACCUUGAUUGUGGGGUGUUUUUGUUUGUCAGAAAGAAGGAUUCGAGAGAGAACAAAAUGGCUUGUGAUGUAUUAAUUUUGUGAUCCUAUAUUGGAAAAGAAGUUCACCACUUGGUUGAGCCUAUUAUUCGGUUAAUGGUCUGCGUUGUUAAGCUAACAGAUAACCGACAGCUAACAGUUGUAAAGUUAAGCAAUUAUAAGUUAGAUGUACAGUUGUAUAUCAAUUACUUGGGCAACACAGUGGCAGUUCGGUUACCGGUUAUCGGUUAACCGGCCGGUUAAACCAAUAAUCGGCUGGUUAUUCACUAAGUGGUAACCGAAGUAACCGAACUUCGGUUGGUUAUCGGAGAUUGGAUGAAAUGGUUUUUAGUCUUAAAAGUGGUUCGAUUAAUCGAUAAAUAAGAUAAUCGAGA